GUGGUCUAUUUGUGCGAUCGUGUCAUUUAGUUGAAAUCAAAAGUAUUUUCGCAAAAUCAAGAAAAAUUUCAAACAAACACAAUACAACCUCUGCAUUUAUAUUAUUUAGUCGCCUUAAAUUACUUAACCUAGAAAACUAUAAUGUUGCGUUGUAAGCAUAUUCUGCUCGGCCUUGCGGUCACACUAUGUUGUGCCGCCAGCUUUGCACAGUAUUCGUCGAAUAUGUUCCUCAAUGGUGAAUACCAGAAUGGCAUUAAGGCGAAUCCAAGCAAAACGAACGCAAUAAAUCGGGCAACAAAUAUCUUUUUGGAGCAUGCAAUUAUCAGUCGGCAGGCAUCACCGUUCCAAGGACCCACGUAUUUACCACCUGUGGAGAUUCUAAAAUGCUCCGCUGGCAAACAAUGUGUUUUGCAGGGACAAUGCUUGGAUGGCUACUUUUCGAACCCAUCGUCGAAGGCACAAAAUUGUAAGACAACAACACACACCUGCUGCAUAUACCGCCCACCACCACCGCCACCAACAACAACUGAACGUCCUUACGACGUUUGCGCAAAGGAUUACGACUGUGUGCCAACACGUUACUGCAAUAACGGUGAAAUCGAUUCGGCUGAUUAUGUACAAAAGGGCAAGAGCGAUCGUUGUUAUUCCCCUGAUGUUUGCUGUCGCAUACCUUCCACCACACUCACCGAUGAUGGUUAUGUACUGCGAACUCCAACAGUGAAAUUCAACAUUCCUUCCACAAAUCGACCCGUUCAAUAUCCAUCUACACAACAACAGUUCUCUUCGCCACGUUUGCCAGCAACGACGCCACAACGUGAAUAUUUGCCACCAAGUACAUAUCCAACCACACCAAAACCCCAAACUCCACGCAAUGAAUAUCUACCACCCACACCAGCUACACCCCCACGUCAAGUAUACACACCAUCUUCCUACAAGCCAGUUCCAAUCCCAAGUAGGGCGCCUCCAGCACCACAACCACAACCACGUCCGCAACCGCAGCCUCUGCAACCUCGUCCACAACCACAACCACAGCAGCCUUUGCAACCACGUCCACAACCACAACCACAGCAGCCUUUGCAACCACGUCCUCAACCUCAGCCACAGCCGCAACCACGUCCCCAACCACAACCUGCUCCAAGACCACAAAAUGAAUACUUACCGCCACGCUCUGAAAAUCUACCGGGCGACUAUCAUGUCACUCAACCAUCGAAUACUGUCACCCAAACUGUGACGGCAUCACCACCAAGAGUACCACAGCCUACGCCCCCACAGCGCGGUGAAGACAUUCUUUCGCUACCACUUGACAACCGUCAACACUUAUCGAAAUGUGCCUCGGCUUUGGAAUGCACACCGGAGAACUUCUGCAACAGCAUCGGCGUGAUAACCGAUCAGCCAGUCGACAUUAGUCCUGCAGAAGCCACUUUCCGCGUUCCUCUCACCGAUUGUCUGCUUGAUAACGGCGCACCAGGCAAAUGCUGUCGUGACGCCAACUACGUUGAUCCAUGGCCUAUCAAUUUGGCCGGUGUAUGCGCCGCCAGAAAUAGGAAUACCAAACCCCAAGGUAUUCAAGAUAUUGACGCCAACUUCGGUGAAAUUCCAUGGCAAGCAAUGAUCCUCAAGGAAUCAACUAAGACUCUACUCGGUGGUGGUGCAAUUAUUGGCGACCAAAUCGUCUUGACAGCAGCGUCCGUGGUUAAAGGUGUAUCGCCAAAUGACGUGAAAGUUAAGGGUGGUGAAUGGGAGUUGGGACGUGAUAGCGAGCCGCUGCCCUUCCAAAUAGUCGGUGUUAGGUCUAUUGAUAUACAUCCUGAAUAUAAUCCUUCAACCGGUUCGAAUGACAUGGCCGUAUUACGUUUGGACAAGAGAAUUGAAUUCGCUCAACACGUGAAACCCAUUUGCGUUACCAAUGAAGAUCCCAAGCCGAAUGAGAAGUGUAUUACCACUGGCUGGGGUAAACAAGCGAUUGAAUCUCACGAGGAGGGCGCCGUCAUGCACGUCUCGGACACAAUAGCACAAUCGCGCGCAGAUUGCGGUGCUGACGACAGCAGCGUUUGCAGUGCCGUGGUACACGAUCCAUGCCUAUUUGAUGUUGGCAGCGCUUUGGCCUGCGGCAGCGGUUCCAGUGUCAUGCUCAAGGGUAUAUACGCCGCCGAAAAUGCCUGUGGAGAUGGUCAAACUGUACGCUUCUCGAAACCCGAUCUCAAAUGGGUUAACGGUUUCUUUACACUACAAAACAAAGACAAACUGCUCAAGAAGCGACGUGUGUAAAAAGU